AUGAAGUAUUCUACUGCUUUGGUAAUUGCUAGUUUAGCAUGUUCAACUUUAGCUAAUUUUGAUAAAGAUCAUAAAGGAAAAGAUCAAGGUAAAGAUCAUGGUAAACCAGGUAAAGGUGAAGAUUGUGAUACUACCACAACCCCUGUUGUUCCAACCACUACUCCAACUACUGAUUGUGAUACCACUACCACUCCUGUUGUUCCAACUACUACUCCAACUACUGAUUGUGAUACCAUUACUACUCCAGAAGUACCAACUACUACUCCAACUACUGAUUGUGACACUACCACUACUCCUGUACCAACUACUCCAACUACUGAUUGUGACACUACCACUACUAAACCAAAAUGGCCUACUAAGACUAAACCUCAAUGGCCAACCACUGAUUGUGAUACCACUUUAAAAACCAAAUCCAAACCAGAAUGGCCAACCAAGACUAAAUCUAAGCCAGAAUGGCCUACUACUGAUUGUGACACCACCAGUACUCCAACUACCAGUCCUACUACUCCUGCCACUCCUACCACUGACUGUGACACCACUACCACACCUGAAGUUCCAACUACUACUCCAACCACUGAUUGUGACACUACUACCACACCUGAAGUUCCAACUACUACUCCAACCACUGACUGUGAUACCACCACCCCUGUAGUUCCAACUACUCCAUCCACACCAACCACUGAUUGUGACACUACCACUACCAAACCAAAAUGGCCAACUAAAACCAAGAGUAAACCAGAAUGGCCCUCAAAGACUAAAACUAAACCACACUGGCCAACUACUGAUUGUGACACCACCAGUACUCCACCAAGCACUCCAACUACUGAUUGUGAUACCACUAGUUCCACUACAAGCACUGAUUGUGAUACCACUAGUUCAACCACAAGUACUGAUUGUGACACUACUUCCACACCUCCAGUAACUUCAAGUGUUCCACCAUCAAGUGUCCCACCAUCAAGUGUACCUCCAUCAAGUGUACCUCCAUCAAGUGUACCUCCAUCAAGUGUACCUCCAUCAAGUGUUCCACCAACUAGUAGUGUACCUCCAUCAAGUGUACCUCCAUCAAGCGUUCCACCAUCAAGUGUACCUCCAUCAAGUGUUCCACCAACCAGCAGCGCUCCACCAUCAAGUGUCCCACCAUCAAGUGU